CCCCUUUCUCCAUGGAAAGUAACAAAUUAAAGGUUCAAAAAAAAAGGACAAGACUCGUUUUCUAGGGUUUGGUUUUUGAUCAUGUUUCCCGAUUCAAACGAUGUUGCAGAGGUCAAAGAAGAUGUUUUGACGGCGACGAAAAUUGCUGACUCGUCGUGCCUCGGAAAGCGCAAGGCGGAGGAGGAUUGUGAGUCGAGUAUGGAGGAGACGGACGAUGGAGGAAGCGACUCGAGUAUGGUGGAGAGCGAAGAAGAAGAAGAAGAAGAAGAAGAAAGCGAACCUGAAACCGAACCGGUGUGGGGUUACGAUAGCUUCGAAGACAGAGACUACUUCUCCUUCUCCGAAGGCGAACUUGCUGAGGAUUUCUCCGACCAAGAGUAUUUAAAGCCUUACCUUGACUACAGGCGCCAGAUUCACUUGACCAGGGGUUUUGAGGUGGAUCCGGAUAGCAUUCCUGAGGACAUGAUUACUGGUUACUUCCCUAUUGACUUGAAUGAUACACGCUUUGGCUGGCCCAAAUCACCAGAUGGAACCGCUCGUUGCUACAUGGAACGUAUGGUCCAAAUGUGUCUCGAUAAGUACAACAAAACACAGGGAUUGGAUGUGAAAAUGGAUCAUGUUGUGAGGGCGAUCGCAAUGAAAUCUGCCGGAAUCAAGUGCUAUAUCACCUUUAUGGCACAAGAGAUUCCAACUGGGCCUUUGGUAGAGUACCAAGCUAAAACCGAGUGGAAGAUUCGUCAAGUUCACACUUAUCCUAUCUUUUGCAGACCCUCUCCUCCACCAGUCGAUCUUAAGGACAAGGCACGCAAAAGCACCAGGGUCAGGCCAAGAAAAUAAUUAAAUUAACUUAAAUUUCGCUUUGGGAUUCUUACAUACAUAUAUAUAUAUAUAUAUCAACUCUAGAAACAAAAAAGUUAUGCUAUUAUGUAAAUAUCGUUGACUUCUUAUUGUUUGGAUUAUCAGUAUGAUUAAAUCGAUUUUGUGUUUAUAGA